GAGCAGUGGAUGUCAGGGCAGUACAACUCGAUCUACGCUGCUGUACAUCAACAGAACGGCUCUGAAAUAGGGCUGUCAUUUUCAAGACACGACUUCGCAGAAAUAUAGGCAUACUUUUUAAUAGGCUACAACAAGAAGACUGAUCGAACAGAACCAAACUGGGAUUGUAUGGUGAAAACAACCACAUCGGCACAGAGGUUCAACCAACAUAACGGGGAGUAGUUUGCAUUGUCUCUGCAGACAAUAUGCAGCGGUGGUGAAUUCACUUUUUAUGGACCUCUUCUUUUUAGUUUGCUUAUCAGAACGGAUGGGCUUUUCUUUACCUUGAGGACAAAUUGUGCGUAAAACGUGUUCUUGGAUGAGUCCGUUCUUUAAUUAAAGUGAUCUCAUAUUUUCGUGUCAAUUAACAUAACCUCGAAUAUCCCUGAUCAUUUGGUUGAGAUGAAGGACAACACGUGCUCUGAGUCCCACCCAGACGCACAUUCUGGCGGUUUUUGAAUACGAGUGUAAUCACCGAGGAGCUUCGAGUGGCCGAUCAGCAGCCAGACAAUCAGGAUCUUUUAUGUUUCGAGAUCAGCUGCAACUCAUGGCCAUUGUCUCUUAUGAAUUGACCGAUCUCACAUUAAACUCUUCACUUAGGGGAUUUUCGAUUUUCGAUUAUACGGCUAUUGAAAUUAGAAUGUGCCAUUCUGCCGGUGGCCCGCUGCCUUCUCAUGAUUGACAGCUGAAAUUGACACUCCACGCUUUGCCUCUCAUCCAGAGGAACUCAAGCUCCCGCUAAUUGCAGCGGUUAAAUGCAGGAGCCGCCGUUCCCCGGUGCGUGAGGCGGAUAUAGCCGCGGGUCGGAGGCACCAUGCGUAACGCGGAGCGCAGCGCGCGGCUCCAUCUCCUCUCCAGAUAGGACCGAAGAGCCGACAUGUCCGACUCGGAGGUGAAGCAGGAGCGGAGCGCCUCGAGCCCGGCGGCGGCGCCAUGCGCACGUUCUCCUCCGCCGGCCUUUCCGCCCGCGCGGCCGUCGGUGAAGAACCAGUGCGCGAGCUGCGGGAUGGACAUCACCGACCGGUAUCUACUAAAGGUGAACGACCUCCACUGGCACGCCGGCUGCCUGCAGUGCUCGGUGUGCAGCGCGUCUCUGCGGCAGAGCAGCAGCUGCUACAUCAAGAACAAGGAGAUCUUCUGCAAACUGGACUACUUUAGUAGGUUCGGGGCCCAGUGUGCCCAGUGCGGCCGCCAGGUGUUCGCCAGCGACUGGGUGCGGCGCGCGCGGGGUAGCGUGUACCACCUGGCGUGCUUCGCCUGCUUCUCGUGCAAGAGGCAGCUGUCUACGGGGGAGGAGUUCGGCCUCGUGGAGGGCAGGGUGCUGUGUCGCAGCCACUACGACAUAAUGCUGGAGAACCUCCGCAGGGCCGCAGAGAACGGCACCGGGCUGACCCUGGAGGGGGCGCUACCGUCCGACCAGGACGGCCAACCGAAGCCAGCCAAGCGGGCUCGGACCUCCUUCACCGCAGAGCAGCUUCAGGUGAUGCAGACCCAGUUCUCCCAGGACAACAACCCUGAUGCCCAGACGUUGCAGAAGCUGGCCGAGAUGACAGGUCUCAGCAGACGUGUCAUUCAGGUUUGGUUCCAGAACUGUCGAGCGCGGCACAAAAAGCACCCCCCCCAGAACAACGGCUACCCUCCCAUGGGCCGCAUGGCCCCGUCACUCCAGGACGAGCUGCACUACUCCUCCUUUUCGGGGCCCGACCGGCCCCACCUGCUGGCCCUGCACGGCUACCUGGACAGCCAUCCCUUCUCGGUGUUAACUGCCCCUAGCCACUUGGGGCACCCAGCCAUGCCUCUUCCACAGCUUCCAGUCAGUCGCUGACCUCCAUCCCCCCACCUCCACCCUCUGCCCUGACGCUUCUCCAUUUUGUGGAAGAAUCCCCGGGACAUUCCAUCUCAAAGCCCCCUGGCUCGUGAGCCCCGUACCCCUGGACGGAAAUGAAGCGAUCCACACAGAAGCUUACCGAAUACCAAGCUGGGACUAAGGCAUCAAUCUAUUUAAUAUGUCUUGGAUUUGUCAUUAAUAAGAGACUGCUGCAAAGCCAGCUAUUUGUUUCCAUGAUCCGACCCAAAAGACGAGAUGGAAAAACUGAUGCUCUGUCUGGCCUCAGUGUAGCCUGUGGAUAAGGAACAAGAACAGGACGCUGUCUGUUGGUUGAUGUACCACUCAUCCUCGUCUCAUUUUAAGUGGACUAGACACAUAGGACCAGCUGGAUUUAUUCCCUCGCAUAUUCCACAUUCAAGGUAUUCCAGUAAGAACUUUGGGUUUGAGGAUUGAUUCAGUCUUAAGACUGAAUCAAAAGUGUACACCUCAAAAAAAAUUCUAUGUGUUUUGAUGAAUCAGUAUUCAGUUUGUGAUACCUGUGAUUGUAUUGUCGUGCAAAAAAUGAAAACUUCUUAUUUAUUUCAAAAGAACCUACACAAACAGCACUUUUAAAUAUAUCUUGAAGUGGAAUAGUUCAUGGCUGUACGUUGUAAAUACUCAUCCGAUUUAAUAAAAUAUAUUAUCUGAA